UAGAAAGUGCUAAUUAUGGACGGACAGAUGACAAGAUCUGUGAUGCUGAUCCUUUCCAGAUGGAGAACACUGAAUGUUUCCUCCCUGAUGCCUACAAAAUUAUGACACAAAGGUGCAACAACAGAACUCAAUGUAUAGUAGUUACUGGGUCAGAUGUGUUUCCUGAUCCUUGUCCUGGAACAUAUAAAUACCUCGAAGUCCAAUAUGAAUGUGUCCCUUACAAAGUGGAGCAAAAAGUUUUUGUUUGCCCUGGGACGUUGAAAGCUGUGGUGGAUUCCCCAAAUUUAUAUGAAGCUGAGCAAAAGGCAGGUGCUUGGUGCAAAGAUCCUCUUCAGGCUGCAGAUAAAAUAUACUUCAUGCCAUGGACUCCAUACCGCACUGAUACUUUGAUAGAAUAUGCAUCUUUAGAGGACUUCCAAAAUGGACGCCAACAGACAACAUAUAAGCUUCCAAAUCGAGUGGAUGGUACUGGAUUUGUGGUGUAUGAUGGUGCGGUCUUUUUUAAUAAGGAAAGAACCAGAAACAUUGUGAAAUUUGACUUAAGAACUAGAAUUAAGAGUGGAGAGGCUAUUAUAAAUUCUGCCAACUACCAUGACACGUCCCCUUACAGAUGGGGGGGAAAGACUGAUAUUGAUCUGGCAGUGGAUGAAAAUGGCUUGUGGGUAAUUUAUGCUACAGAACAAAACAAUGGAAUGAUAGUUAUUAGCCAACUCAAUCCAUAUACUCUGCGUUUUGAAGCAACAUGGGAAACAACAUAUGACAAACGGGCAGCCUCUAAUGCUUUUAUGAUAUGUGGGGUGCUUUACGUUGUGCGAUCAGUUUACCAAGACAAUGAAAGCGAAACUGGUAAAAACUCAAUUGAUUAUAUUUACAACACCAGGUUAAGCAGAGGAGAAUAUGUAGACAUUCCUUUUCCCAACAUGUAUCAUUAUAUUGCUGCUGUGGAUUACAAUCCAAGAGACAAUCAGCUGUAUGUAUGGAACAACAAUUUCAUCCUACGAUAUUCUCUGGAGUUUGGUCCACCUGAUCCUGCCCAAGUGCCUACCACAGCAGAGACAAUAACUCCAUCCACAGAACUAUACAAAACAACUGCAUCAACUACAAGCACUACCCCACACAAAGUUCCUGUUAGCACGACUAUGGCUGGGGGAACAAAAGAAGAUAGUAGAGGCCCCAAGCCACCACCAGCAGUUUCUACAACCAAAAUUCCUCCUGUUACAAGCUUUUUCCCUUUGCCUGAGAGAUUCUGUGAGCCAGAUGUGGCCCGGGGGAUUAGUUGGCCUCAGACUCAAAGAGGAAUAAUGGUGGAACGUCCCUGCCCCAAAGGAACUCGUGGAACAGCUUCAUACCUCUGCAUGGUUUCCACAGGAACAUGGAACCCUAAGGGUCCUGAUCUUAGCAACUGUACUUCACACUGGGUAAAUCAGCUGGCUCAGAAGAUCAGAAGUGGAGAAAAUGCUGCUAACCUUGCCAAUGAAUUGGCUAAACACACCAAAGGACCAAUCUUUGCUGGUGAUGUGAGUUCAUCAGUCAGACUGAUGGAACAGUUGGUAGACAUCCUUGAUGCUCAGCUGCAAGAUUUGAAGCCCAAUGAGAAGGACUCUGCAGGGCGGAGUUAUAACAAGGCAAUCGUUGACACCGUGGACAACCUCCUUAGGGCUGAAGCUCUAGAAUCAUGGAAAGAUAUGAAUUCUUCUGAACAAGCUCAUGCUGCAACAAUGUUACUUGAUACAUUAGAAGAAGGAGCUUUUGUCUUGGCUGAUAAUCUUUUAGAACCAACAAGAGUUGCGAUGCCUACAGAUCACAUUGUCCUGGAAGUUGCAGUGCUCAGCACAGAAGGGCAAGUGCAGGACUUGAAAUUUCCUCAGGGCAAUGCAGGUGGCAACUCUAUCCAGCUCUCUUCAAGUACUGUGAAACAGAACAGCAGAAAUGGGUUAGCAAAGCUGGUUUUCAUCAUUUACAAAAGCUUGGGCCGGUUUCUUAGUACUGAAAAUGCAACUAUCAAACUAGGAACUGAGUUUGCUGGCAGGAAUAGUACCAUCGCUGUGAACUCUGAUGUCAUUGCUGCCUCCAUCAACAAGGAGUCCAGUCGUGUCUAUUUGACCGAUCCCGUUCUUUUUACCCUGGCACACAUUGAUCCCAACAAUUAUUUCAAUGCUAACUGCUCCUUCUGGAACUAUUCAGAGCGGACUAUGAUGGGAUAUUGGUCAACUCAAGGCUGCAAGCUGAUUGACACAAAUAAAACACAUACCACGUGUGCAUGUAGCCACCUAACAAAUUUUGCAAUUCUCAUGGCCCACAGGGGAAUUGUGUACAAAAAUGGAAUGCAUGGCUUACUCCUUACCGUCAUCACCUGGGUAGGAAUUGUCAUCUCCCUCGUCUGCCUGGCAAUUUGCAUCUUUACUUUCUGUUUCUUCCGUGGUCUUCAAAGUGAUCGGAACACAAUUCACAAGAACCUUUGCAUUAACCUCCUCAUUGCAGAAUUUAUUUUCCUAAUAGGCAUUGAUAAGACUGAAUAUAAGAUUGCAUGCCCCAUAUUUGCAGGCCUCUUACACUUUUUCUUCCUGGCAGCCUUUGCCUGGAUGUGCCUAGAAGGGGUACAACUCUAUCUUAUGUUAGUAGAAGUAUUUGAAAGUGAAUAUUCUAGGAAGAAGUACUAUUAUGUUGCUGGCUAUCUCUUUCCUGCUACUGUUGUUGGUGUUUCAGCAGCUAUUGACUAUACAAGCUACGGAGCAAAGAAUGCUUGCUGGCUCAAGGUUGACAACUAUUUUAUCUGGAGUUUUAUUGGGCCUGUUACCUUCAUUAUUCUGCUGAAUCUUAUCUUCCUGGUGAUCACACUGUGCAAAAUGGUGAAGCACUCAAACACUUUGAAACCAGACUCUAGCAGGUUGGAAAACAUUAAGUCUUGGGCUCUAGGUGCAUUUGCUCUUCUUUGUCUUCUUGGCCUAACAUGGUCUUUUGGACUGCUUUACAUCAAUGAGGAGACUAUUGUGAUGGCAUACCUCUUCACAGUAUUUAAUGCUUUCCAAGGAAUGUUUAUUUUCAUCUUUCAUUGUGCACUGCAGAAGAAAGUACGCAAGGAGUAUGGCAAGUGCUUCAGGCAUUCAUAUUGCUGUGGAGGAUUACCCACAGAGAGUCCACACAGUUCGGUAAAAGCAUCAACAACACGAACCAGUGCCCGCUACUCCUCUGGCACUCAGAGCCGAAUAAGAAGAAUGUGGAAUGAUACUGUGAGAAAACAAUCUGAAUCUUCCUUUAUCUCAGGUGAUAUCAAUAGCACUUCAACCCUUAAUCAAGGACAUUCACUGAACAAUGCCAGGGAUACAAGUGCCAUGGAUACUCUACCGCUAAAUGGUAAUUUCAACAACAGCUACUCUUUGCGCAACGGAGACUAUAAUGACAGUGUGCAAGUUGUAGACUGUGGACUAAGCCUGAAUGAUACUGCAUUUGAAAAAAUGAUCAUUUCAGAAUUGGUGCACAACAACCUGCGAGGCAGCCACAAGAACCAUAACCUGGAGUGCACAUUACCAAUCAAAGCUGUGAUCGGUGGGAGUAGUAGUGAAGAUGAUGCCAUUGUUGCUGAUGCUUCAUCUUUAAUGCACAGUGAUAAUACGGGCCUGGAGCUGCACCAAAAGGAACUUGAGGCCCCUCUGAUUCCUCAACGGACUCACUCUCUUCUGUACCAACCACAGAAGAAAGUGAAGAUUGAAGGAACCGAUAGUUAUGUGUCCCAGUUGACAGCUGAAGUUGAAGACCACCUCCAAUCACCCAACAGAGACUCGCUUUACACAAGUAUGCCCAACCUCAGAGACUCUCCAUACCUUGAGAGCAGUCCUGACAUCGAGGAAGAUCUCUCUCCCUCCCGGAGAAGCGAAAAUGAGGACAUUUACUACAAAAGUAUGCCAAACCUUGGAGCUGGCCAUCAGCUUCAGAUGUACUAUCAAAUCAGCAGGGGGAAUAGUGAUGGCUAUAUCAUUCCCAUUAACAAGGAAGGAUGUAUUCCAGAAGGGGACGUUAGGGAAGGACAAAUGCAGCUAGUGACAAGCCUUUAAUAGUGUAGCAAAGGAAUAUUGAAGGCCACAUGCAAGUAUUAAACAGACUUAAUUGGCUCCAUGCAGACCCCCUCAUAUCUGCUUGAAGUGACAAUUCUCUUGUCCCUGUGGUUUCUCCCAUGUAAAGGAGUUGACUGGACCUUUCAGUUCUGUGAAUUUUUAUAAAACAAAGCUUUGUAUAUACACAGAGUAUACUAAAAGAAUUAUUUGUUACAAAGAAAAAAAAAAGAGAUACCAUCAAGGUAUUUUAAGAUAUCUUGCUGCUGACAUUAAAAAAAAAAAAAAGAUUGUGAACUAAACACACACACACACACACACACACACGCAAAGUGUUCCAGCCAUUUUACAGCAGCAGUUUGUGAACUAAAUUUGUAAAUAUGGCUGCAUCAUUUUUGUAUGCCUGCAUUGUAUUAUAUACAAGACGUAGGCACUAAAAUCCUGUGGGACAAAUUUACUGUACCUUACUAUUCCUGACUAGACUUGCAAAAGCAGGAGAGAGAUUCUGCACCAGUUUGCUGUUCAUGGCAAAUCUUUCCCACUAAGGCAAAGGUUGAAAACAUGUCUAACCACUAGCAAUCAAGCCACAGGCCUUAUUUCAUAUAUUUCUUCAACUGUACAAUGAACUGUUCUCAUGAAAAAAAUGGCUAAAGAAAUUAUAUUUUGUUCUAUUGCUAGGGUAAAAUAAAUAAAUACCUUUGUGUCCAAACAGAAAUAUAAUUGUCAUUAAAGUAAUUUUAAAGGAUUUGAAGAAAAUAUUGUGAAAUGCUCUUGGUUGCACAUAUGCUACAAGCUGUUUCUUCUUACACUUGGUAAUAUGUUUAAAAUGCAAACUCUACCCAUUUUCCACUUCUUUUUCACUGUAAACAGUGUUCUGCUUUGACAUGACUAUUCUUAUGGCUUAAACUUGAUAUUGCCAAAAGAACAUAUUUUCUGGGAAGAAUUCUCUUAGAUGCCAAUUUAUGCCAGGCCUUGCACAAAUUUGGUUAGAAAAAAACAGUCACCCACAUCUAUUCACUAGUCAUAGAUUCAGUUCCCUUUUUGUUCUUUGAUUUGGAGAAGGAGGAGGGAAGGUGGGCUAAUGAAUGAAAGGUGCCUGACCCUUUUAAGCUAAGAGAAAACAUAAAUAUUACUCUUCCAUAUUCCUUCUGCCUAUAUUUAGUAAUUAAUUUAUUUUAUGAUAAAAGAGCUAAUUAAAUGUA